CUGAAUAUUAUCAUCGAUUCGAACGACAUAGUACUAGUGACACGAAGACUACCCACACGGCAGCAUUAGUACCACAAAGUCGCUGGCAUCAAUUGAGCUGUAGAGGUACAUACAGGUUGUUUGAUACUUCCCGGAGGAAAAGUAGUAGUAAUGUUACUAUAACUAUUCUAUCCGUCUAGUCCAAGGUAAAGCUCGUCUCACCUCUAGUGUACCUCACGAUAUUCGUGCCCACCUGAUCAUUUGUCCACUUUACUCAGUGCAGUGCAGUGCUCUCGAAACUAUUUAUUAUUUACGUCGCUGCACAUUUGCUUUUUUAUUCUCUAGAUAAAAUGACAUUAGGUAAUAAGACUUAAAUAAUCUAUUAAUUAGAUUAUAUAUUCUAACUCAGUUUUACUGACGUUACCAUGGGUUACGACGAGUUGCAGGAGGACAGCGUUAACGAAGAGAUGUGGUUGACCACAGCGGAGGCUGCUAGCCUCGGUGCCGAGGAAGUUGCGGCCAAGUUCCAGGUUGACACGAGAACUGGGCUCUGGUGGCAAGAAGCCGAUGCACGGAGACAGAGAUACGGAUUUAAUGAGCUUACUGUCAAAGAAGAUGAUCCCACGUGGAAGAAGUAUAUUGAACAGUUUAAAAAUCCGCUGAUUUUGUUACUACUCGGCUCGGCACUCGUAAGUGUCUGUAUGAAACAGUUUGACGACGCCAUCAGUAUCACGGCCGCAAUAAUAAUUGUAGUAACAGUAGCGUUCGUUCAAGAAUAUCGUUCCGAGAAAUCGUUAGAAGAAUUGAAUAAAUUAGUACCACCGACAUGUCAUUGCUUGCGAGAAGGCCGAGUAGAGUCCUUCCUAGCACGAAGCCUAGUCCCCGGCGACAUAGUAUUCCUCAACAUCGGCGACCGAGUCCCAGCGGACAUCCGAAUCUUCGAAGCAAUCGACCUAGCCAUCGACGAGUCAAGCUUCACCGGCGAAACCGAACCGUCUCAAAAAUCCACCGCACCCUUACUAAAAAGCAACGGCCACACCUCCAAGCGCAACAUCGCCUUCAUGGGCACUUUAGUCCGUUGCGGCAACGGCAAGGGCAUCGUGAUCAACACCGGUGAAAAAUCCGAGUUCGGAGAAGUCUUCGCAAUGAUGCAAGCGGAGGAAGCCCCCAAGACUCCCCUGCAGCGUAGCAUGGACAUCCUGGGCACCCAGCUGUCCUUCUACAGCUUCUGCAUAAUCGGAGUAAUAAUGCUCCUCGGUUGGCUCCAAAACCGCAAGUUACUCGAGAUGCUGACCAUCGGAGUGUCCUUAGCAGUAGCAGCGAUCCCCGAAGGGCUGCCCAUUGUGGUAACAGUGACCCUGGCCUUAGGAGUGAUGCGGAUGGCCAAGCGCAAAGCGAUUGUCAAGAAGCUGCCCACUGUAGAGACUCUCGGGUGCGUUAAUGUAAUCUGCUCGGACAAAACCGGGACUAUCACCAAGAACGAGAUGACCGCUACGAUUCUGGUCACUCCCGAGGGGUACGUGGCAGAUAUUACUGGCACCGGGUACAAUGACCAGGGUGAAGUUCGCAUCAGGAAGUGUGACAGCGUUGAUUUAGCCCGGGCAGCGGUCAGCAGUCUCCUAGAAGUCGGGUCAGUUUGCAACAAUGCGAUCCUUCAGAACGAUACUUUGUUAGGGCAGCCCACAGAGGGCGCUCUAGCUGCCGCUGCGAUGAAGUUCGGGAUGUAUGGGGCAGCUGAGAAGUACCUCCGGCUUCAAGAGUAUCCUUUUUCUUCAGAGCAAAAAAUGAUGGCCGUAAAAUGCGCUCCUAAGUACACUGAAGACAGAGAAGAGAUUUUUUUCGCCAAAGGAGCGAUCGAAAAAAUUCUAGCACAGUGCACCAAAUAUUCGGCCAAUGGGCAGCUCUACCCGCUGAACCAGAAGAAAGAGAAGGAGUUUGCGACGGAAGCUUACGAAAUUGGGCAGCAAGGCUUAAGAGUCAUCGGGCUGGCCCGUGGAUCCUCGCUACAAGAUCUGGUUUAUGUUGGCUUGAUAGGAAUCUGUGAUCCUCCUAGAGAUGGGGUCAGAGAUGCUAUUUCUCUGCUAUUGAACAGUGGGGUUAAGGUCAAGAUGGUCACUGGGGAUGCUAAGGAGACUGCUGGAGCCAUUGCGACGAUGAUUGGGCUGGAUACUAUGCACAUGAGGCUCAUUUCCGGGGAUAAGAUUGACACUAUGACUGAGGAUGAGCUCCAGGAGGUCAUUGAUAAUGUCAGUGUCUUUUAUAGGGUCACUCCUAAGCACAAGCUUGCGAUUGUUAAGGCCCUGCAGAGAAACGGGAAUAUUGUAGGGAUGACUGGAGAUGGCGUUAAUGAUGGAGUCGCGCUUAAAAAAGCGGACAUUGGAAUCGCUAUGGGGAAAAAUGGAACGGAUGUUUGCAAAGAAGCCGCGGAUAUGAUUCUGGUGGAUGAUGAUUUUAAUACGAUCAUUUCGGCGAUUGAAGAGGGCAAGGGGAUUUUUUAUAAUAUUAGGAAUUUUGUGAGGUUUCAAUUGAGUACUAGUAUUGCGGCGUUGGCGCUUAUUGCGCUGGCUACUAUGAUGAGCAUUCCCAAUCCGCUUAAUGCUAUGCAGAUUUUGUGGAUCAAUAUUAUUAUGGAUGGACCACCUGCUCAAAGUUUGGGAGUUGAGCCAGUAGACAAAGACGUGCUGAGACAAAAGCCCAGAGACACAAAGGAGCCGAUGAUUACACGCAGUCUUAUUAUAAAUGUUUUACUAUCAGCAGCUAUUAUUAUCCUAGGAACGCUCUGGGUAUAUAAUCGCGAGAUGACCUCCAAUGGAAUUACAGCGCGAGACACCACUAUGACAUUCACGUGUUUUGUUUUCUUUGACAUGUUUAAUGCCCUUAGUUGCCGAUCACAAACGAAAUCAAUUUUCAGCAUCGGGUUGUUGAGUAAUAGGAUGUUUUUAAUUGCUGUAACUUUAUCUAUUGUUGGACAAAUGCUUGUUGUAUAUUUUCCACCGUUGCAAAAAAUAUUUCAAACUGAAGCACUUACAGCUAAAGAUUUGGUAUUUUUAACGGCAUUAACAUCAAGCGUAUUUGUAAUAAGCGAAAUAAAAAAAUUACUAGAACGUCAGUGGGAGCGAAGACGAACAUCAGGCUGGAAUUACCAGGAGAAGAAGAAGACAGUUUCAAAAGUUAAAAAAGGGAAAAAAGUUCGUGGAAAAAAGUAAAGAGUGCAUGGAUACAGACAUGCAUGAUCUUCAGCAUAAAAAACUUCUGUAAAUAAAAUAUU